CUUACUUGGAUAUAAUAUGGUAAAAAGUGCAUUUAUCUUUUCAGAUUUCUUUAGGGUUUUUAAGGGUUUCAAGGUUUAGGGCGAGAAGAGCAGCGAGGAAGAGGGCCGCCUCGCACUUUCAGCAAAAAUGGUGAAGGAGCGCGAAGGAGAGCGUAUCAGGCUGUAUGUACGAGGAGUAAUUCUCGGUUACAAAAGGUCCAAAUCAAAUCAAUAUCCAAACACAUCUCUCAUUCAAAUAGAGGGAGUAAACACACGCGAGGAGGUGGAAUGGUAUCAAGGCAAAAGAAUGGCCUAUGUGUACAAGGCCAAAACAAAGAAAAAUGGAACCUUUUUCAGGUCCAUUUGGGGGAAAGUAACGAGACCGCAUGGUAACAGUGGUAUUGUGAGGGCAAAGUUCAAGAGAAAUUUACCUCCAAAGUCAAUGGGAGGACGAGUUAGGGUUUUCAUGUACCCUAGUAGCAUAUAAGUGUACCGUCACUGUUCAUUUACAUCUUCUGUAUCUGUUUUAGAGUUGAAGACCAAAAUUGUUGUAGAAGAUUCCAUGUUAGAUGAAACUUAGAAAAUUUUAUCGCGUCUGCUUCUUUAUAUGGGAGAAGACAGCAGAACUUACCAAAAUUUAAAGUUGAUUGAGAUCCAAUUUUAUUGAUUGUGGACAAGACAAUUCCAGUGUUGACUAGAUGUUUCAUUUUAUUGCACAAUUGAAAUGAAUUAUUAUUUAAAAAGUGGAGAUAGUUUAAGUUUUGUUA